CUUCAAAACCUUCCAUUUUUCUUCUCUCUGAAAAUCUCCCACCAAAAUUCGAGCUCCCACUUCUCAUCCUCACUUUCACUCUUCUCAAGAUGCAAGAUCCGGCGUAUUCCAAGCCGUUCUUCACCGGAACGGCGCCGUGUCCGCCCCCAUUCCGGCAGUCGAACCACCGGAGAGCCCACUCCGAAGUCAACUUCCGUCUGCCGGAGGACAUGGAUCUGGCUUCUGACACUCUGAACGCCGCGCCGGCAGGGAGCUUCGAGGAGAUCGGAUCGGAGGACGAUCUCUUCUCGACCUACAUGGACAUGGAGAAGAUAGGCGGCGGAUCCGGCCCGGGAGAUGCGGGUGUCGACAAUGCCCGCGGUGGGGGCGCGGAGGAGAGUGGGAAUGGCGGGAUGAAGAACCAGAUCCGCCCCCGACACCGGCAUAGCAACUCUGUGGAUAGCUCGAGCUUCAUGAUGCUUGGGGAAGGUGUGAUUGAGGCUAAGAAAGCCAUGGCUCCGGAUAAGCUGGCUGAGCUCUGGACAAUUGAUCCCAAAAAAGCCAAAAGAAUUCUAGCAAAUCGGCAAUCGGCUGCUAGAUCAAAAGAGCGGAAGGCACGUUAUAUAUCCGAACUUGAGAGGAAAGUUCAGACCCUUCAAACAGAAGCUACCACUCUUUCUGCACAACUCACCCUGUUCCAGAGGGAUACAACAUGUCUAAGUAAUGAGAACACUGAGCUUAAGCUCCGUUUGCAAGCCAUGGAACAACAGGCUCAACUACGUGAUGCUUUGAACGACGCACUGAAGCAUGAGGUCGAAAGACUCAGAAUAGCUACAGGGGAAAUGGCAGCCCCCUCGGACGACAUCUACAGUUUGGGAAUGCAGUCGUACAGUCAGCAAACCACCUUGUUUUCACAUGAACCGCAAUCAAUAGAGUCGCGGAGCAUGCAGAUUCCUCCUCAGUAUCAUCAUCAUCAUCAAUGGCAGCAGCAGCAGCAAGAUCCUGUGGGUCACUUCCAGGGUCUCGAUAUCAAUGGCAGAAGCUCCCGCAGUGUGAAAACAGAAACCCCAUCUAUAUCCGCCAGCGAAAGCAACCACAGCACAACUACAUUCUAAUCCCUAUGUUUAUUCAUUCAAUUGUUCAUACAGCUGACUUCGCGGCAGAGGCGGGAUA